AGAAGUUUGAGUUGUGAUGCCAGUAGGUGUGGUAAAGCCCCCUCCAGACGUGUGUCGUGUCCUAUCAGCGCACCAGAGUGUGUGACGUCAGGCGGCUCAUUUCCCCGCUUCUCCCCGCUCUCGGGCUGCUCUCUGUGGGCUUCCUGCUGCUGUUGCUCUCCGUCUCCACUACCGCAGGGUCCACGCCACACCUCACUCCGAGUUCUAUAGCCGGAGAAGCGACCGCAUUUUCGGGUAGGUGUGGUGUAGAGGAAUCCAGGAAGGACGCACCAUGGUGACCAUCCCAGAAUAUUAUGCAGGAAAAAAUGUGCUCAUCACUGGCGCCACUGGAUUCAUGGGGAAGGUGCUUCUGGAGAAGCUAUUGCGCUCGUGUCCGGAUGUCCGAUCUGCUUAUGUGAUGGUCCGGACAAAGGCAGGCCAGUCUCCUCAGGCCCGUAUUUUGGACAUGGUCAGCUGCAAGUUGUUUGAGAAACUGCAGGAUGAGCAGCCUGACUUUGCUCAGAAGAUUGUCCCUGUGAACAGUGACCUGACACAGCCUGAGAUGGGUCUGAGUCAGGAGGACCAGAGCACACUGGCUGAAACUAUUCACAUCAUCUUUCACUGUGCAGCCACCAUCCGCUUCAAUGAGCCGCUCAAAGAUGCUAUGCAGCUGAAUGUGCUGGCCACUCAGAAAAUGCUGGCACUGGCUCGCAAAAUGAAGCAGCUGGAGAUCUUCAUUCAUGUGUCCACUGCCUACGCCAACUGUGACCGCGAGCUCAUAGAAGAAGUCAUCUACCCUCCCCCUGUGGACUACCGCAAGCUCAUCGACACGCUGGAGUGGAUGGAUGAUGAUCUGGUAGCAGUCAUGACCCCAAAGCUGAUCAGGGAGCGGCCUAACACCUACACCUUCACCAAAGCCCUGGCAGAGUACUUAGUUCAGCAAGAGGCAGGAGAUGUCAACGUUGCAAUUGUUAGGCCCUCUAUUGUUGGAGCCAGCUGGAAAGAGCCCUUCCCUGGUUGGAUUGAUAAUUUCAAUGGACCCAGUGGAAUAUUUAUAGCGGCCGGGAAGGGUAUCUUGCGGACAAUGAGGGCCUCAAAUGACGCAGUGGCCGACUUGGUGCCCGUGGAUGUGGUCAUCAACACUACUUUGUCUGCAGCCUGGUUCUCUGGGUCACAGAGGCAUCACAGACCUAAAAACAUUCCAGUGUAUAACUGCACAACUGGUGGCAUCAACCCAUUCCACUGGGGAGAAGUUGAGUAUUGUAUAAACAUGACAUUCAAGAUGAACCCGUUAGAGCAGGCCUUCAGAAGGCCCAAUGUUAACCUGCGCUCCAAUCCUUUUACUAAUCAGUACUGGACCGCGGUCAGCCACACGCUGCCGGCCCUGCUAUAUGACGGCUACAUGAAGCUAACGGGUCAAAAGCCCCGGAUGAUGAAGACCAUCAGUCGGCUGCACAAAGCCAUGAUGGUCCUGGAGUACUUCACCAGUCACUCAUGGGUGUGGCACACUGACAACGUGGCCAUGCUCAUGACCCACAUGAGCCCAGAGGAUAAGAAGGUGUUCAACUUUGACGUACGGCAGCUCCACUGGGCAGAGUACAUGGAAAGUUACUGCAUGGGCACCAAGAAGUAUGUUCUGAAUGAGGAGCUGUCAGGGCUGCCCGCUGCACGCAAACACCUCAACAAACUGAGAAAUAUCCGCUACACCUUCAACACAGUCUUGGUAGUGCUAAUCUGGCGCAUUUUCAUUGCUCGUUCACAAAUGGCCCGAAACAUUUGGUACUUUGUGGUUAGCAUGUGCUUCAAAUUCCUGUCCUACUUCAGAGCUUCCUCUACCAUGAGAUAAUGAGCACAGGACCAUCGCUGGACUGAACUGCAUGCAGCUGUCUGUUUUAAAAGCUGCUUAAACAUAACCCACAAAGUCACAGCAAGAAGGAACAAAGUUGCAGAGAACGCCAUUACGUGGAGAGGCUGUGACUGGCCUUAGGCAUCCGAGAGAACAUGAAUCAACGCUCAGAGGACGAAGCAGCCCCCUUCACUCAAAACACCCUCAUACAGAGCACUGCUGAUCUGCUCUGUCUCACCUGGCUGCAGUACAUGAAGCUAUGCAUGGAAAUAAGUUUGAGUUCUGAACCCCCUAAAAAAAUGACAGGUAUCUAGACGGCACCAAAUGCUUUAGCUUUUGCCACUUAUUCAGUUCACUGAGUAGUAAAUACAUCUCGAAAAUGGAAGGAAUUCUUGAUUACUGCAAACAAAGCAAUGCAUUAAAAAUCAGUUUGCGUGUACACAUCUGCAAAAUGUUAUGAUAUUAUGCCUAAAAGAGUUUUGUUUGCGUGUAUUUGGAAAUUGGAUGGCUUGAUUGAUCAAUAAUCAAACAUAAAAUACUUAAUGUGAACACUUCAGUAAGGAACAGCCUGAAUGGCAGCAAUGGCAUUAAAAACUUUUUGGUCAGGAUAAUGGUUAUUUUCUAGACUUGAUCAUUUUUGCUCUCUUAUUCACGCUCACAAAUGUCAAUUAUGGUUUUCAAAGCUGCUUGUCAUUCAGUGCCUACAGUAACCUUUGACAUCUUGGUUCGCUGACUCAUAGCUCACUGGAGGACGAGAGGGUUGAAGUUAAGUGAAUUAAGGCUGAUUUUGGUUGAACACCAUGGCCUCUCUAGCAGUUGUUCACUUUUAAUUCUCUAAUCUAUUGAUUUUUAUACUUAUGUACAUUCUUGCCAUUCCAUCUGAUUUAGUUCAAUAAAUCUUAGUUCCUUAUUCAUUUCAUAAAUCUAUUGUUUAAAAUAUAAUAAAUCCAGGUAUGCAUGCUUUCAUGUUAAACCAGAUAUUUUACUUUACUUUGAAUCUUCCAAGUUCCAACCCUUCACACAUUAUCCAGUUCACACGGGGGCCAGCGUGUUGGAAAAACCCACCUCUUGUGAAACUAUGGUGCAAGAAUCGUGUCUGAGCAUUGGUCUGUGGUCUCGAUGUGGAACAGGAAUCAGAUGUAUGUUUUGUACUGAGUGUGUGUAAAGCUAUAUUUACGUAGACAAAAAUGUGUAUUUUUAUGCUAUUAUCAUGGUUGUCUCUUACUCAAGGGGCUACGAGUGAACUGAUUCUUGCCCUGUGUUUUUGUAUGCUAUGAAUGUAAUGUGUAACAGCCUGGAUAUUUUUGAUUGGAGGUUAAGAAAUAUUCUAUGCUGUAAAUUUUUCUAUGGUUGAAAUUGCCUGAUGCUGAUGGUGAAUGAUGCUCUUUGACCUCUGCUGUGUCUUAUUCAGGGUUUUUAACUGUUUGAGAAGUGAGAAAUGACCAGUUCUUGAGGUUUCUUACUCUUGAUAAUGUGACAAAUUUGCCCUUCUAAGAAGGACAUGGCACAAGCAGCAAGUUUAUUUUGAGUUUCAUGUCAAAUGCUCAUCCAUAUAUGUGAUUGUGUGGGAUUGAACUAUGUGAUAAGUGUCCUCUAUGGGUCUAUUGGAUGGUUGUAAACAGAGGUGCAGUGGCAUUCAGCUGUACAAAAUCAGUGCAUAUUGUUACUUCCAACUGGAGACCAGCUACAAUUACUGUAAUGACCAUAGAUUUUCUGUUUCUUUUCUUACUCUUUAUCUUUAUGCUCUCUAGUCAUUCAUAGCUACAUCCCAACUUUUUCAUGUUUCUUCUGAUCUAAAAUUCUCCUAUGCCUUUUUUUUUGCAUUGUAAACAUCAGUACGUCUGUUGCAACCAAUGUGACUGUCUGUUCCUAUGGGCUCUGUCUGUUCUGUUUGUGCAAAUGUUCCCUGUUCUUGCUGUAAUAUCAAAUGUUCAACAAUAAUUCAAUGGGUGCCUUUUAGUUUGUAUACCCAAAUGAAAUAAACCAUUAAAAUCCUCUCA